AUGGUGCGUCGACGAGUCGCGUUCUCGGCGUCCAGCUCCAGCACGCAUCGCCCCGGCGUGCGGCCGGGCUGGGGCCUCCGUCGUGGCCUCAGGGACCACUCCAGGGACUCGUCCCGGGACUCGGCCUCGGCGGCCUCGGCCGGCGACGUGGAGAGGCUGCACGCGGAGGACACGAAGGACACGAAGGACAUGCAGGACAUGACUCUAGUGGAGCUGGACCAGCCUCCGGUAGAGCGCCCCUGCUCCCCGUCGUCGGUGACCCGAGAGCCCUCCUUGGCGACUCAGGUGGCGGCCGGGCUGGCACCCCUGCUGGCCCUGCUGGUGGUGGCGCUCAUGUCCGUGCUGGGGGCCUUGUCCUCGUCGUGGCGGCCGCCGCCGUCGCCGCCUCCCAGCGCGCAGUCCUGCCUCGGACGCAUCCUGGCCGCAGUGCUGCCGGCCUGGAGCGGCUGGGACGACUCGCCGCUCGUCCGGCCUUUCUAG